AUGGUUGCGAGACUAUCGCUUGCAGCAGUGCUCACUGUGCUCUUCCUCUGCACAUCAGCUUCCGCUGGCUGGAGGGCUGAUAGGCGCCACCGUCACCAAGGCGAUAUCGACCGCAGCCAUCGUCAGCUCUCCAAGUCGGGACAUCUACGACGAGAUCUUAGCUCGGAAUUCGGCACGAACCCGUUCGGCGACCAUCCUCAGGGUCUGAAUGAAUUCGGCUCUGAUCCUGAGGGCACAAGCGCUUUCGGCAGCUGUCCUCUGGGACAGGCGAAUGGCUGCACGCCGGCCGGCACCGGCUCUGCGCCAGCAGUACCGCCUGAGCAUCAGCCAGCAUACCAAUCAGAUGAGGCUGUGCAAAAGUCGGCCCAGCCUGAGCAGGAGCAGAUCAUGAAGCCAGAGAAGCUCGCUUACAAGCCGCCUGCACCAUCUUCUUACAACGAGAACACGUACAAGCCCAAGCCUGUCGUCGUCACCACGCCGCCGAGGCCAUCCAACGAUCAGAAUCCUGCUGUCCAGCAUGACAGCAAUCUCGCAGCCGGCUCACCGCAAGAGCAGUCCUAUCGUAAGCCAGACGUCAGCGAGCAAGAGUUGCCUGAGCUCCUGAAGGGCAAUCUCGAUUCAGUCACUGGCGAGGAAAAGAAUGUCGUACUUUCUCAGCCCAGCAAGUCGCCUACCACUUCGCCCACGACUCCUCCGGCCACAAAGCCACCGAUUGUAACGCCGCCUGUCGAGCAAAAGCCGCCGGCCGAUCCGCCGAAGCAGCCAUCGGCUGACGAAAGCUCGUACCAGGCCGUCGCGCCGGUCACGACGGCCUGGAAACAGCCACAGACGUAUACGCCUGUCUGGACGCCUCCCUCAGAGAGUACGACGUUAUCACAGUCUGUAGCGCCAUUCUCGCCAAUCUAUACGGGUGGCACUGCGACGUUCUAUGAUCCAUCGACAGGCGUUUCGAAGUGUGGCCCACAGUACACCGCUCAGUCAAAUGUAGUCGCUUUGCAAGCAGCCAACUUUGACAUGCGCAAGUGCGGUAAAUCCAUCAUCAUCACCAAUCAUGCAACUGGUCGAACAGUAGUGGGUAUCGCUGGCGAUCUCUGCGCCGGCUGCUAUGCUCAAUCGCUCGAUCUAUCGCCUACGCUCUUUGAGUCUACAGGCUCGGCUCAGUCCGUGGGCAGGGUACCCAUCUCGUGGCGAUGGGCAAACUAG